GGAGAUCGAUCAAGGACAGACGCCAUUACUGAAGUCAGUCACAAAACCUAAUGAUGGACCCCCGUACCAGUGCCCAGGAUGUGAUGCGAUGUGACCUGUGUGAGACCGCUGUGGUACAGAUGCACUGUGAUACAUGUCUUGUCAACCUGUGUAAGGCCUGUGUGGGAGAACACUUUUCUGCUGAUCUCUCAAAACCUCAUAAAAUUGUUGACUUCAAAGACAGGAAAUCCACUCCCCUCCAUCCUAAAUGUAAGUCCCACGACAAGGAACAAUGUGAAAUGUACUGUAAACAGUGUGACAUUCCUGUCUGCAUCAGCUGCCUUGAAUCUAAUCAACAUUUAGGUCAUGAAUUAUCUAAAAUCUUGCGAGUUCUGGACGAAAUAAAGGAAGUGAUUACAAAAGAAAGAAAUGAAUUAAAUGAUAAAAUUUAUCCCACCUACCAGGACAUUGCCUCUGAUGUACAAAACAGAAUGAGUCAGUUAGAAAAGGAAUAUAGAGAUCUCUCAACAGCCAUAACAAAACAUGGAGAGGACUGGCACAGAGAAAUUGACAAACUUGUCAAGAAACUUAAAGCUAAAGUUGAUGAGAUGAAAAACACACAGUUACAAACUCUACAGAAACAUCUGGAUGAAAUAAACAAGACAAUGUCUGACAUCAAGGAUGAAAUCAAUUCAAUGGAAACUGUAAUAGACAACAAUGACAUGUCAAAACUGUUCAGUGUCACAUCCCAAGUGAAAAGAUACAGAAAUCUUCCUGACAAAGUCAUUCCAUUUUUACCUAAAUUCAUUCCAGGAAAUAUCAAAAGCAAAGAACUUGGUAAAAUGUUUGGAGUCUUGUCAUCAAGUUCUUUAACAUCAGAUAAACAUGGCUACAACAUGAAGACAACACAGAAAUCACCAGAAGCUGGAUCCUCUCCUCCAGUCAAACAACUGCUUGAUGAACCAAAGACUGUCACCACCAUAGACACUGGGUAUGAUAGACUUUACAAUGUGGCCUGUCUGAGUGAUGUAGAAAUCUGGACAAGUGGAUCUGACAGCAUCAUGAAACUCUACAGCAUCAAUCAGGGAUCACUACUCAAGUCAAUCACAACCAAGUCAGGGAAAAUACCAUAUGACAUAGCAGUGACAAAAAGUGGAGAUCUAGUUUAUACUAAUUACUUUGUCAGUGAUAGAACUGUGAACAUUGUGAAGAAUGAGAAGAUAGAGGAGGUGAUCAGACUACAGAACUGGAAACCUAAAGGUGUCUGUAGUACCUCCUCUGGUGACCUCCUGGUUAUCAUGAACAGUGAUGAUAACAAACAAACAAAAGUUGUCCGUUACUCUGGCUCCACAGAGAAACAAACCAUUCAGUUUGAUGAUAAAGGUAAACCUCUCUAUUCACCUAGUUCUCUUUAUCUAAGAUACAUUACUGAGAACAGGAACCUGGAUAUCUGUGUGUCUGAUAGUGACGCUAAAGCAGUAGUGGUGGUCAGUCUGGCCGGGAAACUGAGAUUCAGGUACACUGGACAUACUCCUGCUCCAAAGAACAAACCAUUCUAUCCACAAGGAAUCGCCACAGACAGUCAGAGUCACAUCCUUACAGCUGAUAUUGACAAUGAUUGUGUCCACAUCAUAGACCAGGAUGGACAGUUCCUCUGUUACAUAGACUGUGGACUGAGUUAUCCCUUGGGACUGUGUACAGAUACAAAUGACAAUCUGUUUGUUGCUCAAUUGGAAAAUAAACAAGUGAAGAAAAUCAAAUAUAUGUAGAUCUAUCUGCAGUGAUUUACAUUAUUGUGUUGUAGAAUUAGAGGUAUGUAAUAUACAUGUAACUGAUUUAUCAGUAUGGUUUAACUAUGGAAUCUUGUAAUAAUAUAUAUAUCAGUCUUAUUAUCAAAUAAUAUCUUUUACCAUUAAAAAAUAAUGGAUAUCCAUUGAAAAUAAGUUAAGCUUUGAUGUGUUUUAUAAUGUAUGCUUCUGAAAACGGUUUGUUUUGCUCAAUAUAGGCUGUACUAUAAAAAAAAACAUAAGGUUUUAGGAUAUUUCUCCAUACACAAAGCACUAUCUAAGAAUUUUUUUAAAACUGCCAAAAUAAUUCAAACCCAAUUUGAAAGAAUCUUUUCUUCUAAAUUUUAAAGUUGCGAAAUAAAUUUGACAAGAUUUCCAAUGCAUUAUUUGAGGAAAACUUUUUCAUAGUGGCUAUAUUUUUUUUCACACAAAAAUAUUUUUUCCAGCAAUUAUAUCUAAGAUAUACCCAAAAGUUUUAUUUAUCAUAUUUUAUCCAAUAUAUUACCUAAUUUUUCAUAUCAUUUAAUGAACUUGCACAGGGAAAUCAUCAAAUGUUAGACAGUAAUCACUUUGUAAUCUUGCCUUGUUUUUGUGAAUCAGAUGUCUACACUUGAAGAGAUAGAUUUCCUGUUGGUACUCGGUGUUACCAUAGGCCUCCAUUACACUCAGGGCAUCCUGUACACAGUUGGGCUUGUCUUGGACCAGGAUGUACUUUAUUAGGUCCUACAAAUAGAGAUGUUUUGAUGUUGAUGUGUGCUGUAU